CGGAAAAAGGCACUUUUUUGAAUCCAGUCUUAAAAAAAAAGUUCAACAAAGAAGUGUUAAUUUCCGUCGAUUUCUAAAAUGCGAGGUGCGAUCUUCGUUCUACUUGCCUUACUCGCUUCUAUUAUUGGAUCGAAUGCUGAUGCUAAUUGCGGUACCAUUUCUCAUGGAGCAGCGAUUCCAGAUGCCUACGACUGUUCGAAAUUUCUGCUGUGCAGCAAUGGUAUUUUGGUAAAUACAGUUUGCCCUCAAAAUUACGGAUUUAACAAGUCAACUGGCAAGUGCGAAUACAACCCUGCUUGUUGGGGUACUUCACCACCCCAACCGCCCGGACUACAGAAUCCCUGUAUUGGUCGCCCAGAUAAUUCAUACGCUCCAUAUUCAGGAUCCUGCAGACUUUAUUAUGUUUGCAACUCAGGAGUAGCUCUUUUGAAAAGUUGCCCAGAUGGAUUUAGAUUUGAUUUCGUUAAUUCGAAAUGCAUAAUUAAUACGACUGCAUGUACUUAAAACGGAAAAUACUGAUACAGACAUGUUGAGUAUGUUCCUAGUUUCACACUCUCUAAUAAACUUUCUGCAUUAAAAAG